AUGAUUCAACUGAUGUCUUCACUGGGACAUUUCUGGUUGCUUGAACACCCGGAAGAUCUGGGUCGCCUGCCCAAUGGCGAUGACCCAGCUAGCAUUUGGCAAUGGCCUCAGAUCCGGACUGCAGUAGGCGACGCCCCUUGUUGGGGCCUCCGCCAGUGCGAUUACUCCGCCGAUACUCCAAAACCUACUCGCUUGGCUUCAAAUCUGCCUGGGGCUCGAGUCUUCGGGUCUUCCUGGCCCUCCUUUCAGGAAGAUGGGACAUAUGCAGGGCCCAUCCUUCGGUGUGAUCACCAUCACGGACCAGGGGCUGGCUGGUCAUCGGGCCAGUGGCGCACUGCCGGUACUGAAGCUUACCCAUCCCCGCUUUGUGCCUUUCUUGCUGACCUGAUUGCCUCGGCACUUUCUGCUUCCUUUAGCACGGAUGGUCCGGAACAACAUGCUGCUGAACAGUUUGCUACGUUUCUCUUGCAACAGGACAGGCCCCCUGCUCCACACGAUGCCCAAGCACUGAUCACCCUCUUGCCACUGGAGGCCCCGCAUGUCAGUGCUCAGACUGCGGCGCAAGCCUUCUUUGGCGGGGCAUACUGCAAAGGGGGAGUUGUCGGCCUUCGUAGGUCCUGCCGCGAGUUUCCGGCCACCCUUCGGGUCCUGUGCACUUUGCUCCGCCAUGCUUUUCCAGGCCAGAUCUUCUCUUCUGUUGCGGUCUUUGUGGAUGCCGCCACACAGAUGCAUCGGGAUUCGCAUAAUGCACCCUAUCCAAACCUUCUGCUAGCACUUUCGACGUUCUCCAAUGGCCAGGUGUGGCAGCAGGAUCAGAAUGGGGAUGUCUGGCGCACGGUGCAUGGGACUCCGUGUCCGGGGGUCCUCUUGGAUGUCGCUCGGGCACCACAGCUUCUGCGAGCUUGGGAGCGCUUUCAUCAGACUGAACCCUGGUCUGGAGGUUCUCGGGUGGUGCUCGUUGGCUACUGCGUCCGCCAACUGCCGGCUCUUGACGUGAGCUCGCUGUCCUUGCUUUCGCAUUUGGGCUUUCUGCUCCCGCCGUCAGUCACUGCUGGCGUUGCCCGGGGUGAUACAGCAGAGACCUUAGCGGAGCCCUCGGGUCCUGUCGCCGAUGCUGGGACGCCCCUUGCAUCUAAGGAGGCAGAGGAAGAGAGUGAUGUCUUCGAUCAGGCCACAAGUCGUUGUUUUGGUCAGCCCAUUCAUUGCCGCAAUCACCCGAAAGGGCGCAUGUUUGUUGAUGGGUUUGGCUUGUGCUCUCCGGGGCGCUGGCGCCCGGAACAGCGAGGCAUGCUCUCAAGUCGAGAGGAGUGGCAGCAUGCUGAGCGGGUGCAAAGGGCGAUUCGAAACUUUGUGCUAGAGGAGGUUGGUGACUUGCGCAAGGCUGCUUUGCAACUGGCUGUCGGAAGGAUGAAGUCGUCCCCCUUUAGUGAACAGGGCGUGCAGCGUUUGAGGCAGCAGGUUGCAAGCAUGCUGCCAGACCCGGAUCUGGCUUUGCAGGUCCCAGAGCGCCAGCCUUUCUUGUUGCACUUGUUGUCGCAGUCCUUGAAGUUGAUGGGUGAUCCAGAUUGGGCAUGCCUCUCUCAAGGGGAGGAAUGUUUUGCGAUGGGCGUGCCACUGGGUGACGAGGUUCCUUUGCCGCGUACGCCGCAGGUGUACCGGGAACGAGUGAAGGAGCGGACCUUGGAUGUCACCCCCUUUCAGCAAAUCAUGAAUAACUAUGAGUCUGCGGAACUUUCAGCCGAUAAGCUUGAAGAACAUUUUGCUGCGGAGGAACGGGCUGGUCGUAUGAUCCCGAGCACGGAACCUGCCCUGCGGGCAGAGUAUGGUGAUACCUUGCUGGUGGCCUCGAUGGGUGCCUUACUUAAGCCGAAUGGCGACAUCCGUCCGCUGCACGACGGGACGCAUUGCAUUGGCUUGAACAAUCGUAUCAAAAUUCUCGAUCGCUUGGAAAUGCCGGGGCCGGAUGAAAUCCUUGAGACGGUUGCUUUGGGGCAGGAAUCUAAAGAGGCAGUGUUUUGCAUUUCUGCAGAUAUCGCUCAGGCUCACCGCCUGACCAAAGUCCGCCGCGCCGAUUGGGCCAAGCUUGGGUGCAAGGCACGCAGUGAGGGUCAUGCUGACCGUUUGGCAGAGCAAGUCGUGUUUGCGGAUGAUCUUCACCUCUUGACUGCUGGACAGCACAAAUUCCUCACGAUGUGGAUGUGCCUGGCUGCCUACGAGUUGGUUGGCACGCCGUUUGCCUAUCGUAAGUUCCGGGGCGGUACUGUUGUGGAUUUUGUGGGAUAUGAAAUCUCAUACUCUGAAUGGAGGGCUGGCAUCUCCGAGCGGAGGUGCUCGUGGCUGGUCAAGUGGAUUCUGGAAGCCGAGCAGGCUGACUGGAUCGUGGUGGGGCGGUCGGUGAUCGAGCUCGCUGGGAGGCUUUCCUUUGUGGCUCGCUUGCUGACUUGGAUAAAGCCAUUCUUGUCCCCCUUGCACUCAUGGUGCGCUGUCCUCGCCCGAGGCACAGCGGUUCGAAUGCCUGUGUUGGUCUAUCUUUGCCUGAUCUUCGUGAGGCGUCAGCUGCAGGAUCGUGGACGCUUGGUGCGGCCUGUUGUAGACUGGCGGGCCUCUCGCCAGGCCUUUCGCACCGAUGCCAAAUGUGCACCGAAUCGUGUGGUCCUGGGUGGCUGGCUGUUGGGCCAGGAGGGAAUUCCCCGGAAGGCCCCGUGGUUCUCUCUUGCCCUUUCCCCGUUGGAGGCACCGUGGUUGUUUAAGCCGAAUGGAGAAUCACAGUGGGCCUCGACGGCUGCUGAGCUGCUUGCAUCGUAUGUCGCAUUGGUUGCUUUCGGGUUGCUGGAGGGUUCACGUGCAUUCGGGGAUACCUUUGAUGCCGUGCUGGUUGGUGGCACGGACAAUCAGGCGACCCCUCAGGCGCAGGCCCGGGGUUCUUCUGCCUCGUGGCCACUUCUUGGCAUCUUGAUGCAAGUCACUGCAACUCUGCAGCCGCAUGGAGCUCAGAUGAAGUUGGUCUGGCGGCCGCGUGAGACUAAUGUUGAGGCAGAUGAUUUGACUAACGAAAAUUUCGCCUUGUUUGACAGUGAGCAGAGGGUCAAGGUUAGCUGGGACGACAUUCCGAUGGAUUUUAUGCGAGAGCUUGCAGCUGCUCACGAGGAUUUCCUUGAAGCGAAGAAGGAGGGGCACGCCGCUCCGGACGCCUGCGGGAGGGGUGACUCGCCCGGAUCAACGUGCUGGGUGAUGCAUUCUGCUGAUACGCAUGGGCUCUGCCACUACGUGGGCACUCUGUGCCUGGAUUCACUCGUUUCACCAGGGGUGACUCGCCCGGAUCAACGUGCUGGGAACAAGCGUCUGCUUGCGACGUUUCCCCUGGCCGGCCGGAAGCCCCCGACCCUCGUUUGCAGUCUCUGUCCGCAGUGGGUCCUCGGCGCGCCUCCCGUGCAAGGGGGUGACUCGGGGGAGGCCGCCGAAGUUCUUCCUGAAACUUCUCCAGAUAGGGGUGAGGAUUGCCAGGUUGGUUUCUACAGAGAUCCUAGUGAGUGGUUCCAGGCUGCCAAGAAAGUGUGCCACCCUCUUGACUCCGAGAACGAUCUCCCAAAGGAGCUGAAGGCUUCCCUUGAGGCCAACAUGGUUGCUGAUCGCCGGGCCCUGUUUCUUCGUCGAAAACUCGCACUGAUGAAGGCAGAGAUCCUUGCCAAAAAGUUGGAACAAGACGAGAGCAAGCUUCACUCAGCUAUGCCAUCGUGGAUGCAGACUGUGAUGCAAGGCAAGAGGAUCUUACUUCUGGAGUCAUUGUUGCGACAGCACAACUUUGACGACAUGGAGGCGAUCGAGCUUCUAAAGUCGGGUGUGAGGUUGUCGGGUGUGUCCGAAUGCCCUGCGGCCUUUGAUGUCAAAGUGAAAUCUGCUACGUCUACCGAAGCGGAGCUACGUCAAGUGGCUCCCUUGAAACGAGCAGCGUUACUUCUGGAAAAUCGUGUCUCUGACCCCGAGCUCGAACGCGAUUUGCUGAAGGUGACUAUGGACGAGGCAAAGGCUGGAUGGCUUCAGGGGCCUUUCAGCAGUGAAAAGGAAGUUUCAGAGCACUUGGGGAGGUCGGAUUGGAGUUUGAUGCGAAGGUUCGGCGUUCGACAAGGAGGCAAACUGAGGCCGAUUGACGAUGCCUGCGAUUCCGACUUGAACAGCACUUUCACCAGCGCCAUGAAGCUAAAGUUACAGGACGGUGACUUUUGCAUCUCUUUGGCUAUGGAAAUUGCAAAGCGCGUAGUGGGAAAGCCGGGAGUCGUACCUAGAGAGUGGAGUGGCCGAUGCCUUGAUCUAAGUGGUGCUUACAAACAGAUGGCAGUUUGUGAGCAACAUCGGAGCUUGUGUGUUCUGCUUCUGCGUGAUGCCGAUGGCCACCCAAUCUUUUUCAUUUCUUCAGCAUUGGUUUUUGGGGCUUCAGCUUCAGUCUAUGCCUUCUUAAGAAUAGCUCGGGCCUUGAGCUUCUUAAUGAACGUCGUGCUGGAGAUCCCUCAUGCAAACUUCUUCGACGACUAUCCAAUCCUUGUGCCUUCGGAAGAUGCUGAACAGGUGGGCCUCUUAUGCACGAAGUUCCUGCACUUGUUGGGUUGGAAACAUGCCGAAAUUGGUGAGGGUCACAAAGGCCUCCCCUUUGCGAAAUCCUUUGACGUGCUGGGCUUGCAUCUCGACGUCUCUUGCAUAUCUUCAGGGAUUUUGACGGUGGCUAACAAGCUCGGCCGGGUUGAUCGACUCCUUGAGCGCCUUCGAGAGAUCCAGGAGUCAGCAGUCCUCAGCCGCCACGAGGGCCAAGUCCUUCUGGGCCUCCUGCGGUACGCGGCUGGGUUCUUCGGAGGCAGAACUUUACGUUAUGUCUGUGAGGACUUGAACGCCAUAGUGCAUCAUGGACAUCACCCUUCCCCUGUUGCGGUUAAGAUGCUUUGUCGACGCGCCAUAACUGCAUUGGAAUCGUCUAAGCCCCUCCAGCUCAAAGCAGAUAUGCCGAGUUCUCCGGUGCAUCUCUUUACAGAUGGCAGCUGGGAAAAAGGUGUGGCCGGAGUUGGGGCUGUGUUUUUCGACUCACACGAUGGAUCUGCAGAAGUUUAUGGAGGCGAGAUGCCAAAGGACAUGGUCGAGUCGCUUCAACAGACAGACGGUGAUCACUUGAUUGGACAAAUCGAAACCUACGCUGUCGUGGUCAUGCGGAUACACCUGGCUCAUCGUUUUUCAGGACGCCGGGUGAUCAUUUGGACAGACAAUGAAGGUUGUCGAUUUGGGCUCAUAAAAGACCGUUCAAAAUCCCACACGAUGGACACUUUGAUCAGGAGCUUCGCUGCUGCCGAGGAUGCCAAUCCAAGUCACACCUGGAUAUGUCGUGUGCCGAGUUACUCGAACAUCGCCGAUGGGCCUUCUCGGGGAAAGCCUGAGGAGGCUCUGAGAAUUUCGGGAGCUGCUGCGUGUCAGUCUUUUCCAUGGAUUCGGCAAGCGUUCGAACUUACCUGA